AUGUACGACCCCGGGCGGCAAUCGUCGGGCGGUAGCAAGAUGCACCCGGGCGCGCAGCUGUCGCGACGCGAGCGCGCGGCGAUGGAGCGGAUGUUAGCGUUGGAGCACGGGGGCGCACCGCCCAUCGCCAUGCCUCCGCCCGAGCUCCUGCCCAGGCGACCGCCGUCCUUCGUCGAUCCCACCCCGCGUGAGCCCCCCGCGGUGGUACCGACGGUGACGCGACGCGAUCCGGCGUCGAACCCGGGUCACGCGCUCCGCUCGGCCGCGAUGCCGCGCCAUCAUCGCGACGACGACGACGACGAGCUGAACGACGCGGUCGCGCUGGCGCUGCGGGGCGCGGACGCCGAGGCCGAGCUCAGGUGGCUUCGCACCGAACGCGACGCCCUGCGCGCGCAGGUCGCUCACUGGCGCGACGCGUCGGAGCGCCACGAGCGCGCCCUCGCCGAGCGCGACACGCACACGCGGCAGAGGCUGCGCAAGCUCGGCCUGUGGAGGCUCAUGGGCCGGCUCGGGCUGGACGCGCAGACGAAUCCGCGUUCGCGGCUCGCGCUCGCGCAGUGGCUUCACGCGUGCCGCGAGCGACUGAGACGCACGGGGAGGGGCGGUCUGGAGGUAUCGGCGCCGUCGCCCGCGGCGCUCGGCGUCCACCGGCGCGUCACCGGCGCGUCACCGGGUCGCAAGCUCGGAGGACGUCCCGAGGACGACGCGAGAGCUCCCCGACCGAUCGACGACUUCCCGGACUCGGACUCGGACGACGGCGAGCCCGGGCCGCACAGGUGGCGGGACCCGGGGCCGGAGCACACGAAGCGACGCAUCGAGGCGCGUUAUAACGGCCGGAGAAACGGCCGUUCGGCGGACGCGAACAGCCUGUGGAGCGAGUCCGACUCGGAGCUAAACGAAGGAGGAUCCGUGGGAGGUGACGAUUCCGAGUCUGUCUUGUCCUACAGCACGCUGGCGUCGACCGUGAGGACGGGCGCGAACCCGUUCGACGACGACGACGACGACGAGGGAGGCGACGCGGACGCCGUCCACGGGGGAGUCGCGACACAGCUGGCGGCGGCGGCGGCGGCGGGCGCGAAUUCGUCAAAGAAAAAGCUCGGGUACCGCACGGUGGCGACGGCGGCGCGCGGGUUGCGCGCCGCGGACCUCGCCAGACUGGCCAACCAGCGCGCUCCGCCCGGGGCGUCCACCGCGGCGGUCCUGGAGUGGCGGUCCAAGGCGGCCGCCGCCGCGGAGGAGCUCAGGGCGCUCCAGCAACGCGCGAAGAAGGACGCGGAUGCGCGGCGGGAACUCGAAGACGAACUGCGAACGACGCGGGACGCGACCCGGUCGGAACGAACCAAAGGGCGCGAACAGGAGGAGACGCUGCAACGGGAGAUCGACGCCCUGCGUGCGAGGGUCAGGGACAAGGAGCGCGAGUGGUCACACCGGCUGGGCACGGAGUCCGCCGCGAGGGCGCAGGCGGAGGGGGAACUUCGCGCGGCGCAAGCCUCCGCGCGGACGAACUCGGCUACCGAAUCCGCCGCCGUCGCCGUCGCCGUCGCCGAGAGCAAGGCGCGCGAGGCGGCGCUCGCCGCGGAGGUGGAGGCGCUCCGCGCUGCUGUCGACGUGCACCAGCGGGAGUGGAGGGAGAAGGUGGAGCGCCAGGAGCGACUCGCGGCGGAGGCGAACCGAGCUCGCGACGUGGCCGAGUUUGAGCUUCGCGCGAUGCAGGAAUCCGCCAGAGCGGAAGCCCGCGCGAGGGAGAGCGCGGGGGACGCCGCCGCCGCCGCCACGCGCCGCGAGAUGCAACUCGCGGACGACAUCUCCAAGCUGCGCGCCGAGUCCGACGCGCUCGCGAAUUCGUUGCGCGAUAAGCUCGCCGCGGAGAAGGAGGCUCGCGACACGCUGGAAAGUUCCUUUCGGGAGUUGCAGGCGAGCGCGCGUGCGGACGCGGCGGACCGCGACGCGUCGCACGCCGCGCGCAUCGAGGAGAUGCGCGCGCACGCGGACGCUCUCACCGCGGACCUCGCGCGCGCGAGGUCCGACGCGGCGGCGGCGGAGCUAUUAUUCCGCGAAGCGCAAAACACGGUUCGCGCCGAGGCUUCCGACGCCCUCGAAGCCGCGAGGCGCCGCGAACAGACCCUGGAGACGCAGGUGCAGGCCCUGAGGGACCUCGCCGCUGACGCCGAGGCGGACGCGACGGACCGGGUUCGACGCGAACGCGCGCGGGUCGAGGCUGAGGCUGAGGCUAGAACUCGCGCGGAACUCGAGCGGCUGAGAAGUCAAGCGAACGCGGCGGAGGCGGAGCUUCGCGAGCUUCGCGAUACCGUUCGAACUUCCGACGCGGCGCUGGACGCCGAGCGCCGCGAACGCCGCGAGGCGCUGGACGCCGAGAUCAAGCGCGUCGUCUCGUUGGCGCAGGCGAAGGAGCGGGAGCUGGAGGCGCGCGCGGCGCAGCUGGCACAGACGGCACAGCUGGCGCAGACGGCUAGGGACGCGGCCGAGUCGGAGCUGCGGGAGUCGCAGGCGACGGCGCGGGCGGAGCGCGAGGCGCGGGAGGCGGCGCAGUCGGCGGCGUCGGCCAAGGCGGAGGAGGAUCGAGCGCGCGCCGAGGAGGCGUCGCGUGACGCGAUCGGGGCGCUGAGGGCGCGCGCGGCGGACGUCGAGGAGGAGCUCCGCCGAAGGCUGGCGGAGGCGGAGGGCGCGCGGGAUCGCGCCGAAGGGGAGAUUCGAAGUCUCCAGGCGUCCGUGCGCGACCACGCGGACGCGCUCAAGUCGCUGAGGGACGCCGGCGAGGAGGAGACCGCGAGGGCGGCGGCGAAGGCGGCGAGGAUCGAGCGCGAGGCGAACGAGCGACGCGAGGCGCAUCUCACCGCUGAGAUUGACCGGCUGCGUCGGGACGCAGAGGAAAAGGAACGCGAAUGGGCCGCCAAGGCGGACGCCGCGCGCGCCGCCGCCGACGACGCCGAGGCGCGCCUCCGCGACGUCCAGACCACCGCGAGGGCGCAGGCGGCGCAGACGGCGGCGCGCGGCGCGGAGGAACUCGAAAAGGUUGCCGCGUCGGCGAGGAUCGCCGCUUCGACGGCGGCGGACGCCAUCGCCGCCAAGGAACGAGAACUCGCCGAAGCCGUCGCCGCCGCCGACGCCGCGAGGGCAGCCGCCGCGAGCCGCGAUGAAGACGUGCGCAGGUACCAGCGCAUCACCCGGGAGGCUGAGGAGGCCGAGGCUGGCGCCAACGCGCGGCUGCGGGAGGAGGCACAAAAGCUGCGGGAGGAAGCCGAUCGGAGGGAACGAGAGCUCGACGCGGCUCUCAAAGCGGAGGCGGACGCGAGGGCGCAGGCGGAGGGUGCGCUUCGCGAGGCGCAGGCGAGCGCGCGCGGGGACCGCGCGGAGCUCGAGGCGGCGCUCCGGCAGGCGCAGGCGUCGUCCAGGCGCGAGUCCGCCGCUCGCGACGCCGCGUUGAAGGCUUUGGAGGACAAGGAGAGGGAGUUGGUGGACCUGAGGGCGCUGAAGGAAGCCGUGGCGGAGGAGCGCGCGGCGCUCGAGGCGAGCCUAAGGGACUCGCAGGCGACGACGCGUCGGGAGAAGGAGGCGUGGGAGGCUACCGUGGAGUCGUUGAGGCGCAAGGAGCAGGAGCUGGCGCUCGAACGAACCAACGCGACGUCGGAGCUCGAGCGAGAGCGACGCGAGCGCGAACGAGCCGAGUCGGAGCUUCGGAAAAUGUCAGACACACAACGCGAGGCUUCCGACGAGCUCACGCGGUUCCAACGCGAGCUCAUGGACAAGGAACGCGCGCUGGAGGAGCUCAGGCGAUUGAAAGAGGAGGCGAACGAGGCGAAGGAGGCGUGGUCGUCGCGACUCGCCGACGAGGCGCGUUUAAGGGAAGGCGCCGAGACCCAACUCAGGGAGUUGCAGAUUAGCGCGAGGGAGGAGAGGAACGCGUGGGAGGCGCAAGCCGCCGCGGAGGCCGCGGACAGGCGCCGGGCGCUCGAGGAGGAACGCGCCAACGUGAGCGCGCUCGAAGAGAAGCUCGCGGUGCUCGCCGCGACGAGGGCGAAAAACUCCGACUCGGGCGGCGGCGACGAAGCGCUCCUCGCUCGACUGGAGGAGAAGGAACGAGCGUUGGCGCGCGCGGAGGCUCGCAUGGCUCGCAUGGCGAAGGACCUGGCGGAGGCGGAGGAGGAACUGGAAGAACGCGACGCCGCCGCGGACCGCGAGCGGCGCGCCGCCGGGGGGGGACGCCCGCCACUCGCGCUUCCCGCGCGCUCCUCCGCGGAGCCCGGAGCGAUCGCCGCGGACCAGCCCCGGCUACCGCCGCCGCCGACGGCGGUUGCGCAUCAUCGCCCGCCCUCGAGAGCGGGCGGCGGCUCAGACGACGGACGCGGCGUCCAUCCCGUCUUUUCGCGCGUGCGCAACAACCGACACGGCGAGGUGGAGGACAUGCUCGCAUCCGGCGCCGUCGAUCCCGACAUCAGGGACAACCACGGCAACACCAUCCUCGCCGUCGCCACGCAAAACAACCGCAAGCGCAUCGUCAAGGCGGCGGUCCGAGCCGGGGUGCCCCUGGACGCGCAGAACGGUCAAGGUCAGAGCGCGAUGCACUUCGCGUACGCGUACGGGUACCACGAGCUGGCGGAAUACCUGAUUCGAAAGGGGGCGAACCCGAUGGUGACCAACGUGCACGGCUUGCGGCCGGACGAGGGGCUGAGCCCCGAUCGGUUGGUCGGGGGUAACGCCAACCACUGA